AUGUUGGGCAUAUCGCCCGUUUUUGUCGCCGUGGAAACUCUGAGAGUUACGCUGCCCCACUGCAAGCGCAGUAUCGACCAGCUUUCGGUUCUGGUCGACGCAGUGAUCAGUAUUCACACCAAGAUUACACUGGACCACAACCACGGCAAAGCCAUCAUCGUCAUCAGGGCCCUUUUCGCCGUGAUAUGGAUCGCCAUUUCGGCCGUUGUCACGCUCACUUCGGAAAAUCUGUACUCUACUCCAGUGGCCUAUCCCCCAAGUGGACCCGUCCAUGGCGUCGAUGAGACUUUCCGGAACCAUCGGCUCCACGUGUACUACGGGGUGCCUUUCAUAAAGCCACCGCUGCUACAGAAUCGCUUCGAACGGCUCCACAACCUGGACAAGCCAUUACCCUUCCUCCUGGAUGCCAGGCACCCGCCGCCGUCCUGCUUGCAGUCUUCGCGCAACGUGGGCAAACUUACAAUCGACAACAGGAAUACCACCGAGGACUGCCUCUACCUGAACAUCUUCGCACCGGCUAGAAAGACGAGGGACAACAUACGGCAGUUCCCAGUGAUUGUCUUGCUGCACGGAGGCGGUUAUUACUCUGGGGGCAACUCGUUCCCUUUUUACAGCGGAAGAUACCUUGCGGCCAUGGGCUCGGCCGUGGUCGUGGUGCCCAAUUACAGGCUUGGAAUCUUUGGCUUCUACCGGUCGAAACCAUUGGGCCUGGAAGGGAAUCAAGGCCUCUGGGACGUGUACAUGGCGGUCAAAUGGGUCAGCAAGAAUGUGGCGGCGUUCGGUGGCAACCCCGACAGCGUGACGCUCUUGGGUCAUGAUGUGGGUGCCGCGCUCUUGGGUCUCUUGAAUACCAUCGAAAAUGGUUCUUCGUUGUACCACCGGGCUAUUAUGAUGAGCGGUAACCCCUUCAUGCGUCACUGGAAAGUUCAGAACAAGGACGCCUCCAAGGACUUAGACAAGCUGCUGAAAAAGAUGAGUUGCGAGAGAAGGGUCAGGCCCCUAGACUGCCUUCGCAGCAGAACCGACAACAUAGUGUUGGACUCCGCGCAAGGCGACGCUAACUGGCGACUUAUAUACAUACCUACUGAAUACGACGACAUAAAAGGCGACGACAUUACGACGCUGAAGGAGACGGUCGUUGAAAAGGAUCUAAUCAUUGGGGUUACGGAGAGUGAGGGCGCUCACUUCGGAAACCUCUUCCUGGAGCAGCAAUCGGUCUUCGAUACUUCCAACAUAAGUCAAGCUGACCUAGAGGGCUAUCUGAAAAUUGUGGCUCGAGGCCUUGGCAUCACUAACGUUGAGGAGCUGAUAAAGUUCUACAAGGACGGCUACGACCCACCCGUUACUGUGAUCGGCCAAGCGUUCGGAGACCUUCUCUUCAACUGUCCCAUGAUGCAGUUCGCGGAGGAGACAUCAAAAGAGAACAUUAACGUGUACAUGUAUGUGUUCAGGUACAAGCCUUCUUAUUCGAUCACCAAGCUCUCUAAAGCCACUCACAUGGACGACGUAUUUCUGUCGCUCGGCUACGCUUUAAAUGCGUCACAAAAAUCACUGAACAUCACUCUAGAGGAGAGGCAUCUGAGCGAGGAUCUACUCAAAUUAUGGACGUCUUUCGCUACCACAGGAUCUCCUGGCGCCCUGAGAAAUGUCACGUGGACCAAGUACACUAAGAAGGAAGCCAACUAUCUGAGCAUCGCUCCGGUUCCGCAAAUGAACAAUGGAUUCCGCAAAGAAGCCUGCGAAAAGGUGCCUCGGCUCCGGACCAAUGGGCAAAUAAAAUAA